AUGGAUUUGUUACAAGGUGCUUCUAUGGACCAAUUCAACCAUCUGAGAAGUUAUGCACAAGAGUUACUAAAAUCUAACCCUCGUAGCACUUGUGUGAUUAGAUGUUCUCCUUCAACUGAAGGCCCUGUUUUUGAAAGGAUUUAUGUAUGUCUAGAGGCUUGCAAGUAUGGUUUUGCAAUGUACUGUAGGCCAUUGAUAGGGUUGGAUGCGUGUUUCUUGAAAGGUGAUUUUGGAGGGCAAUUGAUGGCUGCUGUUGGGAGGGAUGGAAACAAUAGGAUUUUUCCUAUUGCUUAUGCUGUUGUGGAAGCAGAAACAAAAGAUGCGUGGGAUUGGUUCAUCAAACUUCUAUUGGAAGAUUUGGAAGCCAUAAACAAAAGAGCUUAUGCUUUUAUUUCUGACCAACAAAAGGGUUUGGUACCAGCAAUUCAAGCUGUGAGUGAUCAUGUAGAACAACGCCUUUGUGCAAAGCACUUAUAUGGGAAUUGGAAGAAGAAAAAUCCAGGGCUUGAAUUCAAAGAGGUUAUGUGGAGUGCAGCAAGAGCAACAACUGUGCCACAGUGGGAAAGGGCAAUGGCAAGGAUGAAGAACAUGAAACAAUCAGCAUGGAAGGAGAUGAUUGAUAUCCCUGCACAUUAUUGGAGUCAAUCUCACUUCAAAAAAUAUUCCAAAUGUGAUCUUCAGGUAAACAACAUGUGUGAGGCUUUCAAUAGGGCAAUUCUGGAAUAUAGGGAUAAGCCAAUCAUCACUUUAUUGGAAGGCAUUAAACACUACCUUACAAAGAGGCUAACUAUGCAAAAGGAACUCACGAGUAGCUACAACGGUGACAUAUGCCCUAAGAUACAGGUGAGUCUUGAAAAGAAUAAGAAGAUUGCACAACAUUGGACACCCACAUGGCAUGGUGACGAUGAUAUGGCGAUAUAUGGUGUGACUAAUGGAAGGGAUACAUAUGUUGUUAAUCUGAAGAAAGAGACGUGUUCAUGUAGGAGAUGGGAUUUAACUGGAAUCCCUUGCAGUCAUUCGAUCACAUGUAUGUGGCAAAUCAAGAAAAAACCUGAAGACUAUGUUUCUCAAUAUUACAGGAAGAUUAAUUUCAACAACAGCUACUCCCAUAUAAUUUACCCUACUAGUGGUCCACAGUUGUGGCCUUUGGAUGAGGAGUCCACUAUGAAUCCUCCAGCUAUGAGAAGGGCCAUAGGUCGUCCCAAGAACAUGAGAAACAAGUCUAACGAUGAACCAAAGAAUCCACAUGUCCUACCUAGAAAAUUUGCAACUGUUACUUGUCAUAAGUGUGGCGCAACGGGGCACAAUAAAAGAAGCUGUAAGGGAAAGAGGGCUGCUGAAAGAGCCAUUCCAAAAGGAGGAAAUAGCAAAGGUGGACAAGGGAAGAAGAGUAAAACAAACCAAGUUGAGAUUGGAAACUCAUCACAAGCACCUCCAUCUACACAACCAUCUCAGGAGUAG